GUUCGUCAUCGCAACAACUCCCACAAAAGACUAGUCAUCCACGUCGACGAUCCGCGACGAGAGGAACACGCCCAAUUCGUACCUAUGGCCUCUCUCAAGCGAAAACGACACCGAGGCGGAACCAGUACAGGUACGAACUCGUCCGAGGCUGCGUCUGCUGGUGUUGGCGCCGCUACCGCUACCGCUGCUCCAUUGGCUUCAGGUUCCCCUGUAACUGGAACGGCGCGCCGAGCGACACGCCAGACAUCGACCGCCCCACUCCCCGUCCUUCCCGACCCGGAACCACCCCGACGACGCCGACGCCGGGACAGCAGUGGCACUGGCACUGGCCUUGCCACCGACCAGUCUCCCACCCAAAACGACGCGCCGCGCCCGAACGGGCCACCACCACCACCACCAGCCCUCCGCGGCAAGGAAAACAUCCCGAUGCAGUCCAACUCCCAUCAUGGACAUGCUCCAAUCAUCAAGACUCGCCUGACGCGUCACACCAGCUUCGACUUUGACCCUCCGGUGCCCACGCCGCCCACCAGUUCCAGUUCCAAUUCCAAUUCCAGCUCGCAUCCGAAUCCGCAUCCGCAUCCUCCGCGACCCCACGCCAGCUCCCACCACUCCAACUCUUCCCAUUCCGGUCCCCGUGCAAUCGCACCCGCCCGAUCAAUCACCAUCAAGAGCUCAGCAGCCCAUCAAUCACCCCUCGCACAUCCGCACCAGGCGCCGACUGCGUCUCCCAUACGUGCUCCUGCCCCCACUCCGACUACGGCAAUCCUCCCAGGCCCUCUCGCCGGAGGACAGGCACGACACGACUCGGCACGACAUGGCCAUGGCCGCUCCGCUGCGGGGCCGGUGGUGCUCCCACACCACAGCAUGAACAAAAUCAUCUCCAUGGCACCCUCAGUACCACCACCACAACAUCAACAACAAACACAGCGCUCACCGAUUGCGAGGCCUGGCCCGAGUGGCGGCAAAUCAGAUAACCCCUCUCGGGCACCCGGCGAGCGGCCAGACCGUAACAUCGAUAAGGUCGUGUUGGGUGACAUAUGCUUCCGGGCAUGGUACCCUUCCUACUACGGAAAGGAAGUUCUCGGUGAAGGCCCGCCUAGUGUUGGAACGACGAUUGCCAAUGGGACAAACCCUUCGAAUCAGGGGGCACAUGGACACCAACCCCACCACCAGCCGCCUAUGCUCGACCGCCUUUACGUGUGCCCGUGUUGUUUCAAGUACUCCAAGGAGCUGGUUGCCUGGCGAAGGCAUGUUUGCUUGUGCGAGGCUCGGGGCCACAUUCCCGGAACCAAGAUCUAUGUGCAUCCAAAAGGACGGCGGACAGUUCUCGUACCAACAGGGCCGGCUCCCAAGCCUGGAAGGGGUAAACGUGCAAGUAUCGGGCAGAAGAUGAUCGAGGAGGUGAUCCAGGAUGAAGGGGAAUGGAGUAUUUGGAAGGUGGAUGGGGAAGAGGACAUGCUCUUCUGCCAAAACCUCUCCCUAUUUGCAAAGCUCUUCCUGGACAACAAGUCGGUGUUUUUCGAUGUUAGCGGCUUCCACUACUUCCUGCUUGUGUUCACUCCGCCUGAUCCUCCGACGGACCCGGACUCAGACGUGACCGAGGUCGUCAAGCCUCGCGGUCAAGUCGUCGGUUUCUUCUCCAAAGAGAAGAUGUCAUGGGAUAACAACAACCUCGCAUGUAUCCUCAUAUUCCCACCUUGGCAGCGCAAAGGCCUGGGUGCGCUCCUCAUGGGCGUCUCGUACGAGAUAUCUCGACGCGAGGGAAUUAUUGGGGGUCCCGAAAAGCCCAUCUCGGAGCUCGGAAAAAAGGGGUACAAGCGCUUCUGGGCUGGCGAGAUAGCCCGUUGGCUUCUCAGCUUGGAACCGACCGGCACUACACCGGGCGAGGAAACGGUCAUCGACAUUGAAGAGUGCAGCAAAGCAACCUGGAUAGCCCCCGAUGAUUGCCUAGCGGUGCUGAGAGAGAUGGAUGUUGCCGAAGACGCGGGUAGGGGGCCUCCUAAGCCCAAGAUUCACGAACCUAGCGAGGAAGAAAUGGCCAACGGUCCUCCGGAACCAGCAGUAGCAGCAGCAGCAGCAGCAGCAGCAGCAGCAGUGGUGGAGGAUGUCCCGCGGGUUCGAAUCACCCUGGAAGCUGUGCACAACUGGGUGACUCGGAACCGCAUCAGCUUGGAACGGACCUGCGAUCCUGCGGGCUUCAUCGACGACUUUAUCAUGGAGGAGCCCUCUUCAGAGGAAGAGGGAUGAAAACCCCACAAAGCAAGUGACUGCCGGUGCUGCCUAGCUGGGUCAUACCAUACUAGGCGUCCGCGGCAGCUGUUUGUAUAACAACAUUUCAGCAAGAGGAGGCAUCCAUAUCCCAUGCAGAAACUUUUUGCAAACUCGGCAAUGGUGCCGACGAUGCUCUUGUUUGAACAUUGUAUUCUGGGUAAAGCAACUAUUGGCGCCGCGCCCUCAUAUGUGCUCUAGGGCGACAGUCUCAGUGGUCG